UUGUUUUGAAAAAUCGGAAGGCAUGUGGUAGAUCUACCAAAAUUUUGACAUCAUGAUCAUCUGAUCUACUCUCAACGUUUACAUUUAAAAUGGAAGUAUUUCGGAUGGUAGAACUUGGAACUGAGAUCGUCACGUAUCUCAUGAUGUUAAGUGCCAUACCAGCAUGUAUAGCUGUUUACAAGUCCAGGGAUCCAAACAAGAUGAACUACAUCUUCUGCCUCUUAGGACUGUUAAAUGCUUUUGCUGGAAUUGUGUAUGGACAGAUUCUGCAGAAUAAUUCCUUGAUUACUAUUAACUGGGUCUGUGCUGUCUUCCAAGCUGUUUUUGUUUUAACCAUAAUUCUUGUCAGCCAACCAAAGAGUAAACCAAUGACACAGGCCACUAUGGCAGGACUAGGGCUCCUGACAUUUUAUCAGUAUCUUAUCCAUGUUGUUGUCCAUGAGACAGCUAUCCUUAAUGUACUUGGUAUAUUCAUGUUUGUCAUGGCAACUGUAACCUGGGCAACACCAGUACUAGAAAUUAGAGACUGUAUUAUGAAGCAGAGUUCAGCAGAUAUAUCUAUCUCCAUGCUGAUUGGUGGUGUUGCUUGUGCUUUAAUGUGGUUGCUUUAUGGCCUUAUGUUGGAUGACUUCUACAUUUAUUCACCAAAUGUUGUGGGAUUAGCUACCAGUGCUGGCAAAGUGGCAUGUUUGAUGAAGUACAGAUCAAAGAAAAAGAAUGAAUAAAAUCAGACAUUAUCAUUAAUUAAUAUACUAGAAAUUGAUAUAGCUUAUUGUGCCUUCAAAAUUGCAAUAUUCUGUGAUGAGAUAGUUGUUCAUGUAUUAAUUGGAAAUUGUACAUCUCAAUUAUGAAUUAUUUUGUGAUUGUUAUUUUGAUAAACUCAAUUAAGGUGCUUUGUAAA